UAACACCAUACAAACAUCGAUUUUGGUUCCAGCUCUAGACAUUUGUGUUUUAUUUUUUUUAACCGUGAAAUUCAUCAGUAAAAGCGACUAGCAUUGGUAUAAACUACAGCGGAAGCACUCAGUCACCGCCAAAGAACGAAUACAAUGGGCGAACAACCGAUUUUCACCUGCCAGGCGCACGUCUUCCACAUCGAUCCGAAGACGAAGCGCACCUGGAUCACGGCCAGCAUGAAGGCGGUCAACGUGAGCUUCUUCUACGACAGCUCGCGAAAUCUGUACCGCAUCAUCAGUGUCGAGGGUACCAAGGCGGUGAUAAACUCGACGAUCACGCCCAACAUGACAUUCACCCAGACCUCCCAGAAGUUUGGCCAGUGGAGUGAUGUGCGGGCAAACACGGUGUACGGCUUGGGAUUCGCCUCAGAGGCGGAAUUGACCAAGUUCGUAGAGAAGUUCCAGGAGGUCAAGGAGGCCACCAAGAAUGCCAUGAAAUCGGCCAACGGAUCGAAUGCCGUCACGCCCACCACCUCGGCCAACACGUCGCCCAUUUCCGGGAGAGCCGUGGGCUCCAUGCAGAACGACAACACAGCCAUCGAUCCGCACACUGUGGAGCCGCCCAACAUGAGCAACACGAAUACCCAGAACGCCAAUCCGGACAGUCCUUCCCACAAGCUUCUAAAUACCAGCGAUGUCAAGGCGGACAUCGGAUCGGCCACUCCAUCGCCGCAACCCACUUCGGGCGUAACUGGUGGCGGUGGAGUGACCAUCUCGUCUGGUGGAAGCAUUGUGGGCAUGCACACGGGUCCUGGAGCCGGCGCCACCGCUGAGCAGCAGCUUAAGUAUGAGAACGAGCGUCUGAAAAUGGCCCUGGCACAAAGCUGCGCCAAUGCCAAGAAAUGGGAAAUCGAGCUGGCUACCUUAAAGAACAACAACAUACGGUUGACUAGUGCUCUUCAGGAAUCAACUGCCAAUGUAGACGAAUGGAAGCGCCAGCUGCACACUUACAAGGAGGAGAAUAUUCGCCUCAAACGAGAUAUGGAGCAGCUGUGCGUGGGCGGCGGUGGUGUGGCUGCAGCCGGAGGGGGCGCCACAGAGGACGAACUGCGUCGUGAGGUGGCCACGCUCAAGGCGCGGACAGAACAACUGCAGAAGGAACUUAUGCAACAGGAACUUGAGCUUAAGUCGGCCAAUAUUAGCCUACGUGAAAAGUCCAAUGACCAAACGCUGGCAAAAUUGAGUGAGGUGAAUGGUGUGUUUGCCAAGCAUCUUUCGGAGUUGUAUGGGGUGCAGAAGGAUAUGGAGAGUAUUAUACAACUUGCCAAGUGCACUUGAGACACAGAGUUGGCGUUUAUGCGAAAGGUUUCAGUGCAGGAACAGACUACAAUGAUUAAUACUACAACGACAUCAUCGACAACAACAGGAAGCACGACAAGUAAACGUUAUUUAAGCAACUUUCCAACCGCGGAGGCCGAGAGCACGCUCUCCAACGUCACCUCGAUACACACUCAGCUGCAGUCGUCGCUUUACGAGACCCAGAACAUGCCGCAGCUGAAGGCCUUGGACAAGCAUUCGGCUUUGCUCCAAGAGCUUCAUCAGCGGCAGGCGGCUCCCAGGCGCAACUCUGCCUCUGCGGAAGCUGCUGCAGCCGGCUCUGGUGGAGCCAAAACAGCCACCAUACUCGUUUCCAAAUCAAAAACCAAAACUGGGCUGCCCCUGUUGCUGAAGAAUUCCAUUAACAAUUAGAGAAAUCCCAAAAAAGAAAAACCAAUAUCGCAGAUAGAGAGAAUUUAUUCAGUGGCAUUUUUGUAAUCUUUAUAUUGGUAGUUUGUAUACAAGAACAGCGCUAAGAGUCAGCCAUGGUAUUUCCCCAAUUCCCGCGCACCCUUUCUUUUUUUUUUAAUAUUGGAACUUUUUAUUUCCUUAUCCCAAAUUGAAUGUAAACCUUUGCCCAGUAUUUCGUCAAAAUUCUUUGAGUCCUUGUGGCACUAAUGUAUGUCCAAAUUGAUUGAUUCUCGUGCGCAGUAAAGUGCAAUAUACAUUUAUCUCUAGUAUGUAAAUGUAAACGAUGAUAUGUGCUCUAUACACCUUCAGCUGAUUGUUAAUUAAUUUUUAAUAAGAGCUUGCGAUCGAAUACAACCCGAAAAUCAUUUCCCAAAGAGAAAACCCAAGCAUUUCUAUUGAACAAAAGUCACAAAGAUUAUUUUGUAAAUGUGUCGAACUUUUUAUAGUAUUUUUAGAAGGAACCUUUUGUAUUCUCUAAAUCAUAGGCGUAAAAUUUAAAAACUUAUUUAUUGAAUUGUAUUUCGUCUCCAUUCUAUGUCAAAUCCCAUCAUCACAAUGCUCCCGUUUAUUGCAGUUAUGCACUGAUUUACUAACAUUAUACAUGAUAUUUAUAAAUAUAUAAAUUACCGUAUGCAUAACUAACAAUGACUUAGACGACGAACACACUAAGAAACCAAUAUUAAAUAUAAAACUAAAGUAAACGAAGUGAACAUUUUAUAAAUGGAUUGAAGUAAUCCAAGUAAUUCACGAGACUAGCAAAGUAAAUGAAUAAAAGUCAAGUAUGUGCGUCUGCGGACAACUAGUAUAAUACAUAAAAAAAUUAUUAAAAUUAAUUUAUAUUUAUCGAACCGAAUUAAAAACGCAACUCGAAUGAAGCCAGCAAAUAAAUACAUAACAGUACACAAUCUCCAAAACACGAACACCCGCUAAACGAAUCGGUUAUGAAGCGGUAAUUUCGAACGUUUGCGAUUAUAUUCAAGCCAUAUUGUUAUGCACUUGCUGCAUAAAUAACCCAGUUGAGAAGAAAUAAGAAUUAACGAAAAUGAAAUGUUGAACAUACAAAUUUAGCAGUUAAAAGUAAAUAACAAAUGAAAAUAUACAUAAAUAAA